UCUUCUUCUUCUUCUUACCUAAGGCCUCCAUGGCUACUCUCCCUAAGCUUCACGUUUCUCCACAGAGCUUCCAAGAUCACUCCAGAACCGCUCAGAAGUUGAAAUUCAGGCGGUUCUUUCGCCCGAAACCUGCAACAUUCGAUCCUAUUUCCGUUAUCGGCCAAUUGAACGGUUGCCGUGGAUUAACUUUACUUCCGUGCGGGUCGUUCAGAUCUGAAGAUGGCGGAGACUCUAUACAGAAGCAGGAGGGCGAAGUGAAGAAAGAUGAGGGAUUCUCCAAGCAGAAUCCUUACCCGGAGAAGAAACGAAAUGGAUUUCUCCAAUCUCUGACAUCUCUUCUUCUUAGUUCGCAUUUACAGUCACAAGGAGAGCGUCAGAACACUCUGGCGAAGGCGGAUGAAUUUUUCUUCUCUAUUGCCACCCAAAUUGGAAGAUAUGUUGUGACCAUGAUGAGCACUGGAGUAAUUCUUGCAGUUGGAUUUCAGUUGUCAGGUGGCGACAGUCAGAUGAAUACUCUGAUUUGGUAUAGCUGGGUUGGUGGAAUCAUCAUCGGAACAAUGAUAGGGGCUAACCUCGUUUUAGAGGAACACAGUAGAGCUGGACCACGGAACGUUGUCAUCACCGGAAGUACAAGAGGGCUGGGCAAAGCACUUGCUCGAGAAUUUCUUCUUUCUGGAGAUCGUGUUGUCGUUGCUUCUCGCAGCCCUGAGUCAGUACAAAUGACCGUGUCUGAGCUUGAAGAGAACCUGAAGGAAUGUGUGCUCACUAGUGGUGGCACAUCCAGAGCAAAUAUGAAAUAUGCGAAGGUGGUUGGUAUUGAAUGCGAUGUUUGCGAACCUGAUGAUGUUAGAAAGUUGGCUGAAUUUGCUGUGAGUGAACUUGGUUCCAUAGAUAUCUGGAUAAACAAUGCUGGAACUAACAAAGGUUUUAGACCCUUACUGGAGUUUACAGAUGAAGACAUCGGGCAGAUUGUCUCGACAAAUUUGAUUGGAUCUUUAAUAUGUACACGAGAAGCCAUGCAUGUGAUGAGAUCCCAAGAGAAAGGUCACAUUUUUAACAUGGAUGGUGCAGGCUCAGGGGGAUCUAGCACCCCCUUGACAGCUGUCUAUGGUUCAACAAAGUGUGGCCUAAGGCAGCUUCAAUCAUCGCUUUUGAAAGAGUGCAAGCGCUCUAUGGUUGGAGUACACACAGCAUCUCCAGGCAUGGUCCUUACAGAUUUGCUUCUGAGUGGCUCGACUCUGAAAAACAAACAAAUGUUUAAUAUCAUCUGUGAGCUUCCAGAAACAGUGGCAAGAACUUUAGUUCCUCGGAUGAGGGUAGUAAAGGGAACUGGAAAAGCUAUUAACUACUUGACGCCACCUAGAAUCUUGCUUGCUUUAGUCACUGCUUGGUUGCGACGUGGUCGUUGGUUUGAUGGCCAGGGAAGAGCAUUAUAUGCAGCAGAGGCAGAUCGAAUUCGUAACUGGGCUGAAAGCCGUACUCGUUUCUCUUUCACAGAUGCAAUGGAGAUGUAUACAGAGAACACUUGGGUUUCAGUGUUUUCACUUUCUGUUGUUUGUGCCUUCAUCAUUCUUUCUAGUUCAGGUGGCACAUUUCACCACACCUGAGCUUUCAUCAAGACAGUCCAACUGGGCAGCACAAGAUUAAGUCAUCCCUUUAUGCGACUACUUACACAUUGAAGAAACAGAAAGCUACAAUAUGAGCUACAGAUCCAUGGAUAUUCUCUACAUCCUUUCUUCACACUUUUCCCUACAAUUUGCAGAAGUAGGGGCUCUUGGGCUAUAGAUCAUAAACCCCUUUGUUUUAACACUACCCACAUACUGAAAGUCUUGAUUAGAUGUCAGGCCUUUGUAUAAAAUAUUACAAAGUUUGUUUCAACUCAGCAUUCUCCAUUGGGAUGCUUGUAGCAUGUAACGCCUUCCAUUAUUUGUAAAGAAAUUCUGCCUUUGACUAUUCUUUACGGAUGACUUGUAUAUGAUAUCCUUAAAUAUGUAUCAUGCAUUAGGAUCC